GCCGGGGGAGCCGCCGUUGGCACUGGUGCCCCCGAGGGAUCCUCUUAGAUACCUGUUCUCUCUGCCUCCUCAUACGUGGUACCUGAGGGAAUUACUUAGUUUUCCUGCUCAUAUCUGAGUAUUGUGUGAACUAUACCUGACACUAUGAAUGCUCUUUGGACGCCUCUUAAGACUGUUCUCAAGGGAGGCAGUAAGGGGCCGUGGAGCUGGCCUCCGCACUGGAAGAGACUGGACUUCCUGUCUCUCUGUGCUGAAUGGCUGCGAUGGCGCCCGCUCUCACUGACGCAGCAGCUGAAGCACACCACAUCCGGUUCAAACUGGCUCCCCCAUCCUCCACCUUGUCCCCUGGCAGUGCCGAAAAUAACGGCAACGCCAACAUCCUUAUUGCUGCCAACGGAACCAAAAGAAAAGCCAUUGCUGCAGAGGAUCCCAGUCUAGACUUCCGAAAUAAUUCUACCAAGGAAGACUUGGGGAAGCUGCAACCACUGGUGGCAUCUUAUCUCUGCUCUGAUGUAACCGCUGUUCCUUCAAAGGAGUCUUUGAAAUUGCAAGGGGUCUUCAGCAAGCAGACAGUCCUUAAAUCUCAUCCUCUGUUAUCUCAGUCCUAUGAACUCCGAGCUGAGCUGUUGGGGAGACAGCCAGUUUUGGAGUUUUCUUUAGAGAAUCUUAGAACCAUGAGUACAAGUGGUCAGACAGGUCUGCCACAACCACCUGUUAAUGGGUUGGCUAAGAAAUUGACUAAAAGUUCAACACAUUCUGAUCAUGACAAUUCCAAUUCCCUCAAUGGGGGAAAACGGGCCCUCACUUCAUCUGCUGUGCAGGGAGGUGAAGUGGGGUUUUCUGACUCUGGGGACUUGAAGGGGGGUAUGACCAAUUGCACUCUUCCACAUAGAAGCCUUGAUGUAGAACAUACAACUCUAUAUAGCAAUAAUAGCACUGCAAACAAGUCUUCUGUCAAUUCCAUGGAGCAGCAGGCACUUCAAGGAAGCAGUGGGUUAUCAUCUGGUACAGACUCUGGCUCUAACUUGGGUGUCAAGUUAGAGGCCAAAACGUCUCCCCUGUCUUCCAUUCUUUUCAGUGCUUUAGAUUCUGACACAAGGAUAACAGCUUUAUUGAGGCGACAGGCUGAUAUUGAGAUCCGUGCCCGCAGGUUACAGAAGCGCUUACAGGUUGUGCAAGCCAAGCAAGUGGAGAGGCAUUUACAGCAUCAGCUGGGUGGAUUUUUGGAGAAGACUUUAAGCAAACUGCCAAACUUGGAAUCUUUGCGCUCCCGGAGCCAGUUGAUGUUGACUCGUAAGGCUGAAGCUGCUUUGAGAAAAGCUGCCAGUGAGACCACCACUUCAGAAGGACUUAGCAACUUCUUGAAAAGUGAUUCCAUUUCAGAAGAAUUGGAGAGAUUUACUGCUAGUGGCAUAGCCAACUUGAGAUGCAGUGAACAAGCAUUUGAUUCAGAUGUCACUGACAGUAGUUCAGGAGGGGAGUCCGACAUUGAAGAGGAAGAACUGACCCGUGCUGAUCCUGAGCAGUGCCAUGUGCCCCUGAAACGCAGGUCAGAAUGGAGAUGGGCUGCAGAUCGAGCAGCUAUUGUCAGCCGCUGGAACUGGCUGCAAGCCCAUGUUUCCGACUUGGAAUAUCGAAUUCGUCAGCAAACAGAUAUUUACAAACAGAUACGUGCUAAUAAGGGGUUGAUAGUACUUGGGGAGGCACCAUUCUCAGACCAUACAACAGACUUAUUUCUUACUUCUGAGGUGAAGACAGAUCAUGGGACUGACAAAUUGAUUGAGUCUGUUCCUCAGCCAUUGGAAAACCAUGGUGCCCCUGUUGGUCAUAACCCAGAAUCAUUGUCUACCAAAUCAUACGGAGCACUGAGACCAGUCAAUGGAGUUGUUAACACUCUCCAGCCUGUCUUGGCAGACCAUGUUCCAGGUGACUGCUCUGAUGCUGAGGAGCAAUUGCAUAAAAAGCAACGACUGAGUCUAGUUUCUUCAUCAUCUGAUGGUACCUGUGUGGCAGCCCGAACACGGCCUGUGCUGAGUUGUAAGAAACGGAGGCUUGUUCGACCCAAUGGCAUUGUUCCUCUUUCUAAGAAGGUUCAUAGGAGCAGCAGUGUCCGCUCUGGCUGUGAUGUGAAUCCUUCCUGUGCACUGUGUGGUUCAGGGAGUGUCAACACCAUGCCUCCUGAAAUCCACUAUGAAGCCCCUCUGUUGGAGCGACUUUCCCAAUUGGACUCUUGUGUUCACCCUGUACUAGCAUUUCCUGAUGAUGUUCCCACAAGUCUGCACUUCCAGAGCAUGCUGAAAUCUCAGUGGCAAAACAAGCCUUUUGACAAGAUUAAACCUCCCAAAAAGUUUUCACUUAAACAUAGAGUGCCCAUACCCAGCAGUCUGCCAGAUGCAGUUCGUAAAGAUAGGCACAAGUUGGUCAACUCCUUCCUAGCAACAGCCAAGCUGUCCCACCACCAAACCCGGCCUGACAGGACCCACAGGCAGCACUUAGACGAUGUGGGGGCCGUGCCCAUGGUGGAGCGAGUGACAGCGCCAAAAGCAGAGCGCUUGCUCAACCCACCGCCACCUGUGCAUGACCCAAACCACAGCAAAAUGAGAUUGCGAGACCAUUCAUCUGAGAGAAGUGAAGUGUUGAAGCAUCACACAGACAUGAGCAGUUCGAGCUACUUGGCAGCUGCCCACCAUUCACCACACAGCCCCUUGGUGCGACAGCUCUCCACCUCGUCAGACACCUCUGCACCCACCAGCUCUAGCUCACAGGUUACAGCCAGCACAUCUCAGCCAGUCAGGAGAAGAAGAGGAGAGAGCUCAUUCGAUAUUAAUAACAUUGUCAUCCCAAUGUCUGUUGCUGCAACAACCCGUGUCGAGAAACUACAGUAUAAGGAAAUCCUUACUCCCAGCUGGCGGGAGGUCGAUCUUCAGUCUCUGAAGGGAAGUCCUGAUGAGGAGAACGAGGAGAUCGAGGACCUCUCUGAUGCAGCCUUCGCUGCCCUGCAUGCCAAAUGUGAGGAGAUGGAGAGGGCACGGUGGCUGUGGACCACAAGUGUGCCACCCCAGCGGCGGGGCAGCAGGUCUUACAGGUCAUCAGACGGCCGGACCACUCCCCAGCUGGGCAGUGCCAACCCCUCUACCCCACAGCCUGCCUCCCCUGAUGUCAGUAGUAGCCACUCUCUGUCAGAGUUCUCCCACAGUCAAUCCCCAAGGAGCCCCAUUAGCCCAGAACUGCACUCAGCACCCCUUACCCCUGUGGCUCGGGACACACUGCGACACUUAGCCAGUGAAGACACCCGAUGUUCCACACCAGAGCUGGGACUGGAUGAACAGUCUGUCCAGCCGUGGGAGCGACGGACCUUCCCCCUGGCAUACAGUCCCCAGGCAGAAUGUGAGGACCCACUGGAUGCACAGGAACGGGCAGCCCGCUGUACUCGACGCACCUCAGGCAGCAAGACUGGCCGGGAGACAGAGGUGGCAGCCACCUCACCUCCUGUUGUCCCCCUCAAGAGUCGGCAUCUGGCAGCAACAGUUACAGCCCAGCGCCCAACUCACAGAUGAGCGGGAGUUGAAAAUCUAUACAGACUCACUACUAUUGGCAUUAAAGCUUCAGAAAUCUCUGCGUUUGAUAUUCAAACAUCAUAUGCUGGAAAUUUUCACAGUUUUUAGUGAAUUUAAGGAAUUUAGAUUCUCCUUUCCUUUUUUUUCUUAUUUUGAUUUUUGUUUUGUUUUUGUUUCCAUGUUUUCUUGUCACACCUGAGCACUUCCUCCAGUUAGCAGACAGAAGUUCAGGAUAAGACCCUGCUGGCCUGGUCCUGGCACAUUCUCUGCACUGUUGAAUCACUGGACUUCCUGAUAUUACAUGAUCACCCCUCUCCCUCCCUUGCACCCGUGGGCAGGGUGGACCAGCAAAUGGCAGGGGUAGAAAGCUCCGUUGAGCAUGGUUAGGGUGGGGCAGAACAAGGGCACUCUGGGUUCUUAAACUUCCCUCCAGUCUGCAACUUGGCUUAGCUGUGGCUGGGUCCCCCUUGGUCUCCUUGCUGGAGCACCCUACCAGCCUCUUUGCCAUGUCUGCCAUCUGCUCUUAGCAGAACAGCUUCCCCUUGUGUCCAGAUCUUGAAGACCUACUUUUAUUUGGUCAUCUGUCUUGACUCCUUAACUGCAGUAACCUGCUGCAACUGCUCAGGUCACCCCACCCUGUCCCUCCCUACCCUUUCCUGUCUGCCCCUUCCCCAAAUCCAUGCAUACAUACACAUGUACACACUCGUCCUUCCACUCAGAAUGUAGUUUCCACCUAUCCUGGUCGAUGAUGGUAGGGUUAGGACUGCUUGGCCCCUUGUUCCCCACUCCCCAACAUCAUCUGCCUAUCCUUGUUCUCACUGACUGGCUCACCCUGCUUCCUUCCCCUCCAGUCUCCAUCCGUGUCCGCUGGUCUCCUGCUCAUGUUCCCCUUGCCUGUGGAACACUGUCUGGUCCUAGCUGUGGCCUCCGUCACUCCCCAUCAGACUCUUGGUAACUCUGUGCCUGUCUCAUGUGUAAUCACAUCACCAAAAAAGGGGAGGGGGGGAAAGGAAUUUUUUUCUGCCAUUUUGUAAUCGUAUUAAAAUAGUAGGCAAACUGCUUAAUGGUUGGGGUUUUUUCACAAUUUUCAACAUUAGUGAUUUUUUUUUUGUUCUGUUUGCAAGUUAAAGGUUUGUCAUUGUUUCUUUAAACAACAAUAAUGCACCAUAUCCCUAUGCAUAAAGUGCUUCUUCUAUUUAUAAGGUUGAAAAUUCUGAAUAACCCUUUUAGCAUUGUAAAAAAAAUCAAAAGUUAAAAAAAACUGGUAUUUUGUAAAUAUUUUCUUUUCCUGCUUUGAGCUGUGUAAUGGCAGCGAAACAUGUAGCUGUCUUUGUUCUAUAGAAAUGCUUUUCUUCAGAGAAGCUGAUCUUUGUUAAUGUCUUGAUUCUGUUCGCAAAGCACAAACUAGUGCUUAAAAAAAAGGAAGGAAAAAUGAAAAAAAUAAUAAAAAAAAAGAUACAGAA